GGGAGACCAGAUAUAGUGACUGCAGGGUUCGGGGAGACCAGAUAUAGUGAAUGCAGGGUCCGGGGAGACCAGAUAUAGUGACUGCAGGGUUCGGGGAGACCAGAUAUAGUGACUGCAGGGUCCGGGGAGACCAGAUAUAGUGAUUGCAGGGUCCGGGGAGACCGGAUAUAGUGAAUGCAGGGUCCGGGGAGACCAGAUAUAGUGAAUGCAGGGUCCGGGGAGACCGGAUAUAGUGAAUGCAGGGGUCCAGGUAGACCAGAUAUAGUGAAUGCAGGGUCCGGGGAGUACGGAUAUAGUGAAUGCAGGGUCCGGGGA